ACUAGCAGCAUAUAGCUUGCUCCAGCCAGAUUACUCUCUGUUAUUUGUCCGUCCUUCUUGUGUUCAAUUUUAAAUAUUCCUAACACCGAAAAUGUCGGCCGAAAAUCAGCACUGGUGCCUAGUGAACUACAAAGAAGCCAAGUCUGGACGUGAAUAUGAAAUUGUUAACCAGGACAGAAUUCUGCGGAUUGGAAAAAAUAAAAAUAUUAAACCAGGAAAUGAAGUCAACGUAACUUGUGGAUCAGCACUUAUGAAGGCUACAAUAAUAACAGUGGCUGAUAGCUAUGAAACACUCUACAUGCGAUUUAAGAUGCUUUUCAAUAUAUAUGUUGAAAGGCAGGAAUCUGAAAUAAUUGCAAAAUAUAUUAAAGAGAUUGCUGACCUAACGCGGGAAAAAGAUUCCUAUAAGCAAAUAGUCGAUACAAUUCGAUCAAAUAUGGAGUCUUUUGUUAUAAAAUCCAACGUUAACACGAUAGAAGAAAAUGGAAAUAUUUACGUAAAUCUUGGCAAAAAUAAUAAUAAAAUUCUAUACGAAGAUUAUGAAGCAUUAAAUUGGAAGAGUACGACACAACCAACCAAACACUUGCUAGGCCUCUUGUUUUCAAGAGAACAUUUAGCGACCCAUUCUCUAACCGGACUCGCAAGCCCAGCAUUCAAACAAGAUACAAUAAAAGUUAAGAAACGGUUAAAUCCUGAAAUAGUAGAUGAUAUUAUUGAGUUUGUAGAAUCGAAUUCUAGUUGUACAAGAGCUCAAAUUAGAACUACCAUUACAUCUAAAUGCGCUGAUGAAAACAAAAUGUAUAAACAACGGUUGGAGAAAGAACGAGAUUCUAAAAGAAGGAGAAUCUAAAAGAACCAGUAUCGGUGAUGAUGUUGUUGAUGAUGAUCAUGAUAUUGUAGAUGAUGAUGAUUAUGAUGAUGCUGCUGCUGAUGAUGAAGAUAAUGAUGAUGAUGUAAUUGAGGAUUUGGUCAAUCCAUCACGUAAUAAAAGACAAGGUAAAACAAAAAAUACUAAAAGCGAUGAGCAUAAUAAUAAGGAUUUAGUCAAAGCAUCAACUAGCGGAAGAUCAGCAAAAGGAAAAGAAAACCAAAGCAAAUAAGUAUGUCUCUAUGUAUAUAUAUUUGAAAUAAUAUAUAGCAAAUCAAUAUU